CUGCUUGUCAUCGUGCAGGAAAAUAUUCCCUGAAGAGGAAGCACCACUGCCAAGAUACACCAUUAAGCCUCAGCCCUGGCACUCACCUGCCGGUAUCUGUGCCGACGCCUUGUUCCACAAAACAUAAGAUGACCUCAUGAACAAACGUGUCCCUUCCCAAAACUUCCUUGCUCAGGACAGCGCGAUCCGUGGAAGCGAUCCUUCACGUUUCAGUACAGAGCUGGUCGAUUCGGUGUUAAGUAAGCUGUCCAGAUGUCAGCAACAGCCCGGCAGCCUUAGGAGGAUCAGGGUCUCUUCCCUGACAUAGAUACCUUGACGGCCCAAAUUAUUCACUCCAGUUUGUCUGACCUUCGGCAUGAAAGUGCUCCUAAAGUCACAGCUGUUGAAAACAGGAAAAGCAACAGGAGUGUGUCAGCAGAGGGGUUAAGUGUUUUGCGAAGGAGAGAAAUUACUGAUCACCAACAAUUAGCAAAAGCACCCCCUCCAGCUCGGUACAAACCUCUAGAGCCUGGGAAAAUGGAUGAGAAUUUUUUGAGGAUGCUACCAAAACCACCUCCCAAUGCCAAAUUCCCACACCAUCUACUCCGGAGGUCUGGCUCAGAUAUUUGGAAGAUAUAAUCAGCAGUCUUUUCUCUGAUAUUCUCCCUGCCGUUGCCAGCACAUCUUCCCCGAAAGAAAAGAAAACGGAGCUUGCAGGAUUUGACUUGCUUCCCCUGAAGGUAAUCAGACAAGUGAUGGCAAAAAUCUCUGAAGAUGAUGACUCUUGUAGCCAGCACACUGACCAUCCACAUGCCAGAGAGGAUGCUGUGAUUCAAACCACUGCUGAUUCGGUUUACAACAAGCUUUUAGCACAGUUUCAGUCUCAAGUCAGCAUGCAGAACUGCUUAAGAAAUGGGUGCCUGGUUCUUUCUGAAGCUCUUUGUGACUUGGUCUUCCAAGAGGUUUCUGGGAGUCCACUGCAGAGCUCUCUUUCUGGGGAAUCACCACUUCGCCACCGUGCCGAAGCAGACAAUAUUGUUGGAGAUACACCCAGAGAUGUUUCUGAGCCUCUGGAGAACCCAAACACCGUACCAUCAGACCUGAGUAAAAUAGUUCCUCUUAUCAUCAAAAAGCUAGCAGGAAACCUGUCCAUAUUUUCAUCCCUCUUUCCCAUUGCAGAGAUGGAUGCAGAAAAGACUUCGUUGCUGAAGGAUGCAACUGCUGGCAGAAACUCACAGCACCAGAGACGUUUAUCAAGGGCUGAAGUGAGCACACUUGCUGAGAACCUGAACCAGGCUAUGGAAGAAGGCCUGCCCAGACAUCAAAUCAGCCUUGUGCCGGCUACAGAGGAAGAGCCACCGUGAUGUCCAGAGCAGGAAGAAGCACUUAUUCCUGGAGGUCUAAAGUACUACCUGAUUAUGCCACAACAAUCUGGAUCUGAGCAAGACCUGUACAAGGACGUAACAGGUUUUGAUGCACAUCUUCCACAAGACGUGGUUACCGUCAUAAUUGAGGAACUCUCCAAUCACCCCCUUCUACGGGUGGUGAGCGACCAACUGAGUCAAAGCACAACAGGCCCAGACAGGCUUGCCGACGAGGCUCUUUCCCAUGAGUCUAUUAGUGCAGAGUCUAAGUCAUGGCGCGAUGAAGAGGCAAUCCCGGGAACAAGUGCAGACAAGACCUCAACAGGGACAGAGGAGUUAGCCACGCUGAGAGCUCUUCUGCCCAAGGUGGACCUCCUCGCACAACUGGCAGCUCACUACACUGAGGAUGAGGAAGGAGAAGAGAGGGUGGAAGAUGACCUUGAAUCAGAGCAGCAGUGGGAGGAGGAAAAAGAGCUGCAGCAGAUCGAGGAGACCACUCCAGUCAAAUCCUCUGUGCAUUUGUGGAGCCCGUUGGGUUCAUUCAUGGACACUGAACCAUCAAGUGUGGCUGUUGGAGGACUAUCAGCAUCACUGGAAGCACAGACAUCACUUGAAUGUAUGCAAUUUGCAUUUUUGUUUAGGAUUUCAUUUAUUUCCCUUAAUGUCUCUACAAUUGUCUAUCACUUCUUUCAUUCCUUUCAGCUCAGUGAUCAUUUGGCUGGUGAAAGACCGUCUCCAAAUACAGUAGUCUAGAGGAUAGUUAUGCUACCCAUGUGGGGGGAUUUGUCCAGAACAGAC